ACAAGCACGACAGACGCCACAGAACAUCCGUCCGGCCACGGCACUGCUAAUAACCAGCUUAUCAAAUUUGUACCUACAGAUAUAACCGCAGUCCAACGCGCACGCGCAUCAGUACCGCAGUUGCAGAAUCCCUCCUCCUCCGACGGCGGCGGACAAUCACCGAUCGCUGAUAACGCGCUUUGAAUUUCUGAUUAGGAAAAACCAAGACGUCCCGACUCCCGAGUAAGUUCACGACCGACUGAGUACCGACAGACGACGUUCUGUCCUAAUACAUUACUAAAUACUCGAUCGACCGAGGUUUUCCGCGAUAUUCCUAUUCCGCCGUGCGAUUUUAAUAGUCGCCCACACUGUCCACGAAUACGCGACGGGAAAUACAAUAAUAGAUCUUCCGAAAAUGGUGGUGAAAGUGUACAUGUCCGGCAUAUCGGGUAACAAGGAGGUGAAGAAACGACAACAGAGAGUCACCAUGAUAUUGGACAGCAAGAGCAUAACGUACGACCUGGUGGAUAUCACUGAACCAGGGAAAGAGGACGAGAAGACUUACAUGCAGACCAACAGCAAGACCAAGGAUGGUUCAAAAAAUGCUUUGCCGCCGCAAAUAUUCAACGACGAUGUUUAUUGCGGGGACUAUGAUGAUUUUGACACAGCUAAUGAAUUGGAUGAGUUGGACAAAUUUUUUGAUAUUUCUACUAAAAGUCCUCCUAAAGAAUUAAAUGGCUCGACUACCGUGGAAGAUGUUAAAGUUGAAAGUACAAAUGAAGACAAUGAUACAAAUGAUGGAACUGUAAAUGAAAAAGUAAAUGAAGAACAACAAGAACCUUUGACUUCUGAUGAUGAAGAUAGUGAUAAUGAAUCGCUUGACACACAGAACAAAUUGAAAGAGACAACUGUAAGUCCAAAUUCCGUCCCACUUCCAGAUGACACAAAUGUAUUAUUGGAUGUCCCAGAAACUAAAAAAGAAUUGUUAUCAGAAACCGAAGAAGAAAUUGAAGAGUGAGAUUUUUUUAGCUACUCAAAAUAAAAAUGUACAAAAUUAUAUUAAUUAUUGAUUCGCUGCCUCUACUCUAACAAGUUUUUUUAUUUUAUUUAUUUAUUUUUCUUUUAACAAAAGUUACUAUAUUUUUCUAGUUUGAAACUUCAAGUAUUAGAUUUAAUAUUAUUAUUUUUUUUUAUGUUAAAUACCAAAAUAAUUCCUUAAACAAAUAUUGAAUGCUUAUAUUUAUGAUUGUCAUUUUUAUCCAUAACCACAUUAUAUUUAUAAUAUGUAAUUUUUGGUUUAUAUUCAUUGAUUCGCCUUCAGAAUAUUAGAACAAUCUUUAAAUGUCAAUUGAUAUUAAGCGAAUAAAUAAAUAAUUUUGCUCUA